CAGAGAGACAGAGAGCGAGAGAGAGAGAGAGAGAGAGAGAGAAUGGCAGAGGGAAUCUAUAAUAAUGUGAGCAGUGUUGAGCUGAGUGAAGCAGACAGAGGAGAGAGAGUGGAGAAGACGGUGACGAUUUAUAUGAGUGCAGACGCUGUUAGAGCUCAGGAGACCAACACACAGAGGGAGACAACAACUCAGCAGACAGUUGUUAGAACAGGAAUCAGAUGUUCCAGACUGGCUGUGGUGUGUGUGGGGCUGCUGUGUGUUCUCCUGCUGACCACCAACAUAGUGCUGUAUAUGUACUAUAUUAGGGACCAAACCAUCAUUGCAAACUUAACUGCAGGGAGAGAAACUCUCUUAUCCAGUAUCAGAAACCUGACUGAAGAAAGAGACCAGCUAAAGAGCAGCUACCAGAAUCUGACUGAGGAGAAAGAGCAGAUAAACAACACUUACAGAAACCUCAUUCAGGAAUAUCACAUUUUACAGACCAAAUUUCAUCAUUUAGUGAAGCUGAUUGAGAAAAGCUGUUUUAAAGAAUUGAAGACUUUUGGAAGCAGCUUUUACUUUUUCUCCACUGAGAAUAAGAGCUGGAGUGAGAGCAGACAGGACUGCAGAGAGGGAGGAGCAGAUCUUGUGAUCAUAAAUAGCAAAGAAGAACAGAUGUUCCUCAUUGACCAAAAGAAUGAGAGAAUUUCUGGAUUGGUCUGACUGAUGAAGACACAGAAAAUACAUGGAAGUGGGUGGACGGCCAACCACUGACUGACGAAUUCUGGAGGAACAGUGAACCCAACAAUGGUGGUGGUGAGGAGGACUGUGCUAUUUUCACCACUGCAGACAAAGACAGUCAGCGAACAUGGAACGAUCUUUCCUGCUCAGGGAGAGAAAACUGGAUGUGUGAAUUCAAUCUGACCAACUUCCACCAGAAUACUUCAACUAAACAUUAUUAGAUGUUCACUGUUAAUCUUGGGAUAAAGGCAUAAUCAGAGGCUUUAGAAGCUGUUGAACUGAAAUUUAGAGAAUACAGGACUUGAGCAUGUUACUUUGACACAAAUAUAAUUCACAAACAAAAUUCUAAAUGAGAACCAAC